GAAGUGGGAGGGGGCGGGGGCGGGGGCGGUGUGGAGGAGGCGGAGGCCGGCGGUCAGCUCCGCUCCAAUUUGUUUGCCAUGUCCCGGCAGGCGAAAGACGACUUUCUGCGACACUACACAGUCUCCGACCCCCGGACCCACCCCAAGGGCUACACUGAAUACAAAGUGACGGCGCAGUUCAUCUCAAAGAGGGACCCGGAGGAUGUCAAAGAGGUGGUGGUCUGGAAGCGGUACAGUGACUUUCGAAAGCUGCACGGAGACCUGGCCUACACCCACCGCAACCUCUUCCGCCGCCUCGAGGAGUUCCCAGCCUUCCCCCGCGGCCAGGUGUUUGGCCGGUUUGAAGCCUCGGUGAUUGAGGAGCGGCGAAAGGGGGCCGAGGACUUGCUUCGCUUCACUGUGCACAUCCCCGCGCUCAACAACAGCCCCCAACUCAAGGAGUUCUUCCGGGGUGGGGAGGUGACACGGCCCUCCGAGGUGUCCAGAGACCUGCACAUCCUGCCCCCCCCUCUGAUUCCCACACCACCGCCUGACGAGCCCCGGGUCCAGCCUCAUGAGACCUGGUUGCCCCAGCCGCUUCCUGCAGAGAGAAGGGGCCUUGAGGAGUUGGAGGUGCCAGCGGACCCGCCACCAUCCAGCCCUGCUCAGGAGGCCUUGGAUCUCCUCUUUAACUGUGGGAGCACGGAGGAGGCAUCCAAUUCCCCUGCCCGAGGCCCCCUCACCGAGGCUGAGCUUGCCCUGUUCGACCCCUUCUCCAAGGAAGAAGGUGCAGGACCCAGUCCUACCCACAUAGGGGAGCUGGCAGCGUUGGAAGCAGAAUCUGGAAGGCCGGACCAGGAACCCUGGGAGCCAGGCGGACAAGCAGAGGAGGACGACGAGGACGGAGAGCCCGCCCCUGCCUAUCUGAGCCAAGCCACAGAACUCAUCACCCAGGCCCUACGGGACGAGAAGGCAGGCGCCUACCCUGCCGCUUUGCAGGGCUACCGGGACGGCGUGCACAUCCUGCUCCAGGGAGUUCCUGGUGACCCAUCACCUGCCCGCCGAGAGGGUGUGAAGAAGAAGGCGGCCGAGUACCUGAAGCGGGCAGAGGAAAUCCUGCAUCUGCAUCUGUCCUAACUCCCACCCCGAGAUGGGAGUGGACCCGUUCCCGGGACUCUGGCUCCAGCACUGCCAGCCACCCUCUUCUCUCCCUGGUGCCUGAUCUCCUGGUCCUGUAACUGGCUAUUUCUGUAUGUAACUGGACCAGGAAUGAGAAAAAUAAUGAAUUCUCAGCUCCCUGACAACACCUGCCACCUUGGAAUCAGGGACUCACAUGUCUGAUCCUGCCUGUUUCUAUCUUGAUAUGGGAGGCUGCAGCUCUGGUCCGUAAGCCAUCUGUUUAUCCAUCUAGAACCGGGGUCUGCAAACUACCGCCCACAGCCGGAUAUGCCCCACUGCCUUUUUUUGUAAGGCCCAUGAACUAGAAGAGUUUUUACUGUUUUUUAAUAGUUGAAAAAAUCCAAAAUAAUAAUAUUCUGUGACAGGUGAAAAUUAUAAUGAAAUUUAAGUAUCUAAAAAAUAAAAGUUUAUUGGAACGCAA